AUUACUCACAACUUACAGUCAUAUGUGCUCAGCUCCAUUCCAUGGGGAAAAGGAUUCGAAAGUUCUCUCCUAUGGAGAUAUUGUUUUGUAUCAGUCAGACGUGAAUACCUUACUACCCGGAGUAUGGCUCAAUGAUAAUAUUAUUUCAUUUGCUUGCGAAUUUCUCAUGGAUAAUGCGUCUCAGGAAGUAAAAGAACGGGUGGUUGUUGUGGGUGCGGCAACAUGCGAGUUAAUCAGGUACGCGGGUGACGAGGCAGUGAUCCGCGAAAUUUUUACCUCGUUGAAUUUCUUUAAGAGAGAAAAAAUCCUUUUUAUCCUUAACGACCGUGAAGACCCUAGAGUUGUCGGAGGCUUCCAUUGGUCACUACUUGUAUUAGAGAGACGAUCUUCCCAUUUUCAUUACUACGACAGCACGAGACCUGCCAAGACAGCCAUCGCCAAGCAGCUAGUCAAGAUCGUUUCUACUUUCCUCGACGAUGACGAUGUCAAAUUCACUGUUGAAGAAUGUCCACAACAACGUAAUAGCUUUGAUUGUGGGAUGUAUGUGAUCGAAUUUGUACGGCAUGUUCUGAAGCCGCCUUCGAGCGACACGCCUCCUACAAUAGUUGAUUCAGAAUAUAUCGAUAUGGAACGACGUUAUUGGCUUGAUAUUAUCAAAUCUCUAGCAUCGGGAUCACAUCAAAGUGUAAUUGUUUGACGCUAACCUAUCAACAAUAAAAAAUUUCUUGUAAA